AUGAUUGGAAGUCUGUUUUUCAUCUUCAACCGUUUGGUGGAGAUCGUCUUCUUGAUCCCCAUCAUUGGAAUGAUGGCCUACUUCGUCGACGGUUAUCUCAAAGCAAAUCAGAUUACACCGCCGUACAUCCUGGUGCUCUUCAUCGUCAGUGUCAUUGCGGUUUUCUGGUGCUUUGACACCCUCAUCCGACACUCGACCACCAAGCGCUCUGCCAUCUUCGUCGCCUUCGUCGACCUCCUCUUCUUCGGCGCCUUCAUCGCCGGAGUCUACCAGCUGCGCUUCAUCGCAAAGGCCGACUGCGCUCACUGGAACGCCGGCUCUGUCUGGAUCUCGCUGGGCCCCUUCGGGUACUAUGGGUACGAGGGCAGCAACCCGCUGUCUCUCGACGUCAACAAGACCUGCGCAAUGCUGAAGAGCUGCUUUGCGCUAGGCAUCAUGGAGACGGUGUUCUUCUUCUGGACGGCCAUCCUGGCGCUCUUCCUGUAUAAGGGAAACAGGGAAGUUGUGGUCAAGGAGACGACGACGGUGCGUCGGCGCAGCCAUAGCAGCCGCAGGGGCCAUGGGCACCGGCACCGUAGCUCGUCGAGGAGCCAGCAGCACUAUGUUGUUUGA